GGGGGGGCCACUCCCGAAGAAACCGGCGUUCUACCCGCGGGAUUGAGCCAUGCCAAAGCGGCCGCCAGACGAUGCCAGGCAGGCGACGCGCUCUGCGUUCAAGGACCUGAGAGAUCGAUGGAGGGGCCACGAGCUGGCGAAGGCGAUCGAGCAGCUCUUGGCUGAUCCCACAGAGUUCGCGGAGGAAAGCCACAGCUGGAGCCAGGCCGCAGGCAUUCAUCUCCUGGCGCCGCAGGCGGCCAUUCGCGGCUGCCAGCCGCUGGCGAAGAACGCCAUGCACGACGGCCUGCAGGCGCCCACGGCCGCGGUGGCGUUGCCGAGCCACGAGGCCCUGUGCAUCGCCCCGGCGCCGCCCUGCGGCUUCGGACUCUUCGCCACCCGGGCGCUGAGCAGGGGCGAACGCUUGGGGGAGUACACCGGAGAGGCUCGGAGGUAUGACCUCUGGUGCGAUGAGAUCAAGGCACGCAAAGUCGCGCAGCGGGGCAGAGAUGACGCGUCCCCUUUCAUCGUGGAAGAGCUUUAUGCAGCCUGGGCAGGCAGUGGGCCGGGGGACAAAGGCGUCGUCAUCGAUGCCUUCUCGGCCGGCAACGCCAUGCGCUUCAUCAACUGCAGCUGUCAUCCCAACUGCUCCUUCAAGACAGUUGCCGUGGGCUUCCAGAAGCACGGGCGCUUGCAGGUGGUGACGACGCGGGACAUUGAUGCUGGGGAGCAGCUCUCGGUGGAUUACGGUUGGUACUACGACCCGCCCACCUUGGAGGCGGUGCGCCUCGAAGCGGCGAAGGCGUUCAACCAGCACCUCUCACAACUCCAGUCCCUGGCUCUGCCCACGCGCGAGCGACUGGAUGAGACCGUGCAGUUGAUCUCCUCCUCUCUGGAGGAGAGCCGUUCGCCGAGCGCAGGGUGGCAGCCCAGAGCACUUCCUGCAGCGUUUCCUGGAGCCUGAGAAGUUGCGGAGGUGUUUGGCGAGCGGAGCCCUUUGCGAGGCACCAGGAUACCAGGACAUUCCAGAUGCCCUGUGGCCGAUCUACGAGGUCCUCGGGGCUGAGAGGGUGGGUAUCUCCUGCCGCUGCGCGCUGGAUGCCAGCUUGAACCCGCUGGGCCGCUGCAGCGGCAUCAUCGGGCGCCCGCUGCAGGAAGACUUCUGGGGCCGCGACGAGCCGCCAGAAACCACCGCG